UAAAAAUAUAAAAAUAAAUGAAACAAUAUAACUUUUCUGUCUUUGAUAAAUUUCCAACAAGGAAUACAACCCUCUGGAAAAAAGGUUUGCCAAAAAUUACUUAAAUUGACCAUGAAUUAAGACAAACUUCAACAGAAGCCCCUAUUUAAAUAAGAGAUGACAGCAACAAUCUUGUUGAUAGAAGUAGCUAUCAUUUAAUUAACUAAUAUCUGAUAUCAAAUAGCUGCCACAUCAAUAUCAAGAAUUUAUGCUUAAAAUCAAUUUUUCAUUUCAAUGUAUUCAGCUAUUAUAAACUAGAUGGAAGGAUUGUAAAUAUCAGGAUCGGAAUGUUUAUAAAUUUUUGGAAAUCCAGAUGUAAUCUAGAAAUGGAAAAAAUAUUUUUCUAAAUAUACAAUCUCGAGAAAUUUUUACAAGAAAUAUCAAGUAAUAAAAAUGAUUGGCAAGGGAACUUAUGCAAAAGUCUAUAAAGUAGAAAGAAUUGAUGAUUCAUCCAUUUUUGCUGUCAAAAUUUUUAAAUCAGAAAAAUUAACAAACAAAGACAAAGGACUUGUAUUUUUUAUAUUCUUCAUAUAUUAUAGGAUAGUUUAUUAAAAGAGAUAGAUAUUAUGAGAAAACUAGACCACAAAAAUGUUUUACACUUACAUGAAGUAUUUGAGGAUGAUAACUAUGUUUAUUUAGUAAUUGAUUAUUUGGAAGGAGGAGAAUUACUCAAGUAAAUGGAAGACUCAUUGGAAGGCUAUACAGAAAAUUUAGUUUAAAAUCUAAUAUAAAAUUUACUGUGUUCAUUAAAUUAUUUGCAUUCAAAGAAAAUAAUACACAGAGAUAUUAAACCAGAAAAUUUAAUACUUAGAACAAAGAAUAAUAUAACAGAUUUGGUUAUUGCAGAUUUUGGUCUAUCUGAUAUUUACAAUGAAUAAGGGAUUUAUUUAUUUCAAAGAUGUGGCACAAUUGGAUAUGUUGCACCAGAAGUAUUAAGAAAUGAAAUCUAUGAUUAUAAAGUUGAUAUGUUCUCUGUAGGUGUGAUAUUAUUCAUUUUAUUAACAGGAGAAGUCCCUUUCUAAGGUGAUAGUGACACUGAUGAUUUAUUAUAACAAAAUGCAUUAUGCUAAAUAGACUUUAAUAAACUAAACAAUAGAUCAAUCAGUCUAGCAGCAUAAGAUUUUGUUCGAUUAUUGUUAGAUGAAAAUGUCAAAAUUAGACCAAAUGCAUAGGAAGCACUUCAGCAUUCUUGGUUUAACUCUCAAAAAGUUGAUUCUUUUGUCAGUUUAUCUUUAAUAAAAUUACCAUUAAUUAAUACAAAAUAAGAUUAGAAUGAUUUUAUUAAAAGUUCAACUCCACUUUGGAACUAAAAGGGAUCUCCAUUAAGUGAAUAAUCACCAUUAUAAUAAUACCUACAAGAUGAUAUUCCUGAAAUUGAAUAUGAAACUAAUUAUUUUAAAUAAUUUAUUCCUGCUGAAUAGGAUGAAUAUGAAAUAGUUGAGGAUUUUGUUGAUGAAGAUAAAUCUCCAUCCUAAAUGGUACCAAAGUACCAAAUGCCUAUUAAAUAAAGAAGUUCUCAUUGA